UAUUGAACAAAUAUUCCAAAAAAAUUAAAAGAUAAACAGGCAAAACUUGAUCCCUCUCUACUACGCUAUAUAUACCAUUCCACUCGAUCACCAAUUCACCAUCCUCAAACAUCAACUUGAAACACUAACAACUAUGAAAAUGAGGUUUUGUGCUUUGGUUAUUUUCUCUUUGUUGUUGUCUUCAUUUCAAGGAGGCUUAGCUGAGCAAUGUGGUACGCAAGCAGGGGGUGCUCUUUGCGCAGAUGGGUUGUGCUGCAGCCAGUAUGGCUAUUGUGGCACCACAGCUGAAUAUUGCUGCACUGGUUGUCAAAGCCAAUGCAAUGCUGAUGUUUGUGCCAGUGGUGGUGGUGGUGGUGGUAGUGGUGAAGGAGGACAUAUUAGUAGUAAAAUUUUCCAAGGAGGCUUAGCUGAGCAAUGUGGUACGCAAGCAGGGGGUGCUCUUUGCGCAGAUGGGUUGUGCUGCAGCCAGUAUGGCUAUUGUGGCACCACAGCUGAAUAUUGCUGCACUGGUUGUCAAAGCCAAUGUAAUGCUGAUGUUUGUCCCAGUGGUGGUGGUGGUGGUAGUGGUGAAGGAGGACAUAUUAGUAGUAAAAUUUUCCAAGGAGGCUUAGCUGAGCAAUGUGGUACGCAAGCAGGGGGUGCUCUUUGCGCAGAUGGGUUGUGCUGCAGCCAGUAUGGAUAUUGUGGCACCACAGCUGAAUAUUGCUGCACUGGUUGUCAAAGCCAAUGUAAUGCCGAUGUUUGUGCCAGUGGUGGUGGUGGUGGUAGUGGUGAAGGAGGACAUAUUAGUAGUAAAAUUUUCCAAGGAGGCUUAGCUGAGCAAUGUGGUACGCAAGCAGGGGGUGCUCUUUGCGCAGAUGGGUUGUGCUGCAGCCAGUAUGGCUAUUGUGGCACCACAGCUGAAUAUUGCUGCACUGGUUGUCAAAGCCAAUGUAAUGCUGAUGUUUGUCCCAGUGGUGGUGGUGGUGGUAGUGGUGAAGGACAUAUUAGUAGUAAAAUUUUCCAAGGAGGCUUAGCUGAGCAAUGUGGUACGCAAGCAGGGGGUGCUCUUUGCGCAGAUGGGUUGUGCUGCAGCCAGUAUGGCUAUUGUGGCACCACAGCUGAAUAUUGCUGCACUGGUUGUCAAAGCCAAUGUAAUGCUGAUGUUUGUGCCGGAGGUGGUGGUGGUGGUAGUGGUGAAGGAGGACAUAUUGGUAGUAUAAUUUCAAGCGAUGAUUUUGAUCAGCUACUACCGUAUCGUAAUGAUGCUGCCUGCCCUGCUAAGAAUUUCUACACUUAUGAUGCUUUCAUAGAAGCUGCAAAUUCCUUUCCUGGCUUUGGCACAACUGGGGACACUGACAUUCGUAAAAGAGAGAUAGCUGCUUUCUUAGCCCAAACUUCACACGAAACUACCGGGGGAUGGGCAAGUGCACCCGGUGGCCCAUACUCUUGGGGGUAUUGCUAUGUUAGGGAAAUAAACCGUGGACCAUACUGUGAACCGAAUCCCAAUUAUCCUUGUGCUUCUGGUCAAGAAUAUUAUGGCCGUGGUCCUAUCCAACUUUCAUGGAACUAUAACUAUAGGCAGUGUGGAGAUUACUUCAAGUUGGAUCUAUUGGAAAACCCAGACCUUGUGGCCACUGAUCCAGUUAUUUCAUUUAAGACAGCAAUUUGGUUCUGGAUGACUAAACAGUCACCAAAGCCAUCUUGCCAUGAAGUAAUCACUGGAACUUGGAACCCAACUGGUGUUGACAUUGCAGCUGGUCGGCUUCCUGGCUAUGGUACCACCACAAACAUCAUCAAUGGUGGCCUUGAGUGUGGUCGAGGUUCAAAUGCUCAGAUGGAGGAUCGCAUUGGAUUCUAUAAGAGGUAUUGUGACAUUCUUGGAGUUGGCUAUGGUGACAACCUUGAUUGCUACAGCCAAAGCCCUUUUGGAAAUGGGUUGUUGGUGGACACUAUGUAAUUCAAUAGUCCAAAAUUCUGAAUCUAGAUUACUAGAUUUAGUCUGUGGAGACCAUGUUCUAGUCCUAUCUUUUUAAAUAACUUGGUCUUACCUUGUAGUCUUGUGGAUAAGAUGAAGAAUAAAGAUCCUUUGAUUAAUCGGAGAGGUUAAUUAAGGGUUUGAUGUGAAGACAAAUAUGGAUGUUGAUAUUGCUAUUAAAAGUAAUGUUUUUCUUUAUUAUUUAAUGAAGUAAUGUUAAAUGUUUACGUAGCUA